AUGAGUUUAACAGGAGGUUAUCAUCUUCCAAAAACCAAUGGCAAUAUGCCACAUGAUGAUCUUCUGAUGCUUGAUGCGACUUCAACACAACAACUUCAAUCUCAACCGCAACGACCAUCACCUCCAUUUUACUUAUUAAGCCACUUCCCACUCGAAUCUCCACCAACCGGCAGUACAAAUCUUAUUGAUCAUUGGGGCUUACGACGUGAUUUUGAUAGAUAUGUCAAACUGCCUAUUCCACCAUCAUUAAGUGACUUUUUAACAGAUAUUCCACUAGUUGAAACAGCACAACACAAAGCCGCAUCGUUUGCCGGCGAUAUACAUGGUGGUGUUGGAACAUUACGUCCUUUAUUAAGUGGUCCUGUCAUUCCCAAAGAGAUUAUUCCACUUACAGAGCAACAAUUAAGUGCAUUUCGUUUACUUCGUGAACCAAUUCUACCUGAUACGUAUCAGAUCUAUACAAGUUCACCGAAAGAGACGCGUUCUGUUCCUCCUACAGACAUUCUUCUUGCUCCCUCAGUUACCAGUUCACUUCCCGGACCAUCUCCACAAGUCCAACGUGUUCUCAAUGAGCAAACUUCGCGUGUAUCACCAGAUGUUAAACGAAAAGCACCGACCGAUGCGGCACCUGUCAUUCAACAACAAACAACAACACCAGUUGCUGGAAUGUUAAAUCGAACCACAAAUAACAACACACCAACAUUGGCAAACAAUGCAAAUCUCCCCUCGACUAGUGGACAUUUGAACGACGAUCAAGAUGAAAUGAAUUUAUCGAAGAGAAAACCCAAAAAAACCAAGAAAGAAAAAAAACUUUAA